UGGGGAUGUUGCAGAAGUAUGAAGGUCUGAGUGACACAGAAGAGUGUUUCUUUUUUCUUCGUAACAGUACAUCUACCAUCCUUCACUGCAUUUCCAAAUGAGAGAAAACCUUUAACAGGAGCCAACAUGAGUUUGAAGAAACUGAAGUUCUUUAAGUUUAAGGGCUUCGGCAGUUUAACAAAUAUCCCGCGAUCUCUGUCAAUCCGACGUUCGUCAAGCAGUUCUGAAAGCAAGAAGAAAGAGCUGGGAGAGAACCAUUUGGAUUUCCGGGUUGAUAAAGAGGCAGUGCAAGAAACAUUGGAUGAUUUGGAAACCACGCCCCGGAGCCCUGGCUAUGCCCGAUCAAGUGAAAUGUAUACCUAUAUUGGUACAAUGCCACGUCGGAACUCUAAUAGGGUAGAGAAAAAGCCAAGGACUGCCGAAGGACAGACUGGAGGAAGGAGUAAACUUGGGCCUCUGCCACCUGUGCCAGACAGUGAUCAAAAUGAGCCAUCGGAUAAGGAGCAAUCACUGGCUGAGGUGGCACAGCCAAACAAGAAGGCCAGUGUCGUUCAGGAAUGUCAGAGCCCCAACCAUUUACAGCCAAUGCUCUUUGACUCUAAAGCAUCGUCGUCAAACUCAACUAUUUCCUCAACCCAGUCAUCUCCUCAUCAAAACAAGAAUGAUCAGAAGAGUCAUGUUGAACCCCAAUUUAAAGAUAUUCAGGGAAAAUCCAAUGAACUUGAAAAUGGAGAAGUUCAGGCUUCAGAAGUUCAGGCAUUUUCUGCUGGACAACUUAAUCACAUAGGACCAGAGAUCAUAGAUGACAAGAGUGAGCUGUCAGAUGACAGUAACCUACAGAACAUGGAUUCCAAGUCAGAAUAUGUUAAGUUUUCAAAGGACAAGUAUAUCCUGGAUUCCAGCCCCGAGAAACUGCACAAAGAGUUGGAGGAGGAGCUGAAGCUGAGUAGCACAGACCUGCGGAGUCACGCCUGGUACCAUGGACGCAUCCCACGUGAGGUUUCUGAGAAUCUAAUGCAGAAAAAUGGUGAUUUCCUCAUCCGUGAUUCCCUCACGUGUGUCGGUGAUUAUGUGCUGACCUGCCAGUGGAGAAAUGAACCCCUCCACUUCAAAAUCAACAAGGUGAUGAUCAAACCAAACGAGGCUUUCACCCGCAUCCAGUAUCUGUUCGAACGGGAGAGCUUCGACAACAUCCCCGCCCUCGUCCGGUUUUACAUUGGGAACCGUAAGCCUGUUUCUGAGCAGAGUGGUGCCAUCAUCUAUUCUCCAAUCAACCGCACACUUCCCCUCCGAUACCUGGAGGCCAGCUAUGGGCUGUCCACUGGGAAGCACGGGCUAGCUCAUCCCUCAACCAAUCAGAAAGGUGGAUACAUUAAGAGGAGGAGUGUGACCAUGACAGAUGGUCUGACAUCUGAUAAGAUCAUCCGAAGUGACAGCUGUGGCAACAGCAUUCCGUCACCACAUCACAAGGAAACAAUCCGCAACUUUGCUCUGAGCAUGGAUCAAAUCAAGGACAUUCGCCACGGAAUGUCCCCAGUGAACGAGAUCCCUCUCUCUCCAGAAUACAGCACAAGCUUGAAGCACAAAAGCCAGCUAGGCCGAGUAGCAAGGAUGACGCCAUCGUCACCAGUACUUCGCCGGUCCAGUGAACCACAGCUUAGCCCACCGAUCGGUAACAGACUGUGUCAGGAGCCCAACAAGGAAAGGCCUCUGGAGGCUUCGAGUGGACCUCAUUGUAACAGCACACAUUCCACCCAGUCAAAUGGCUCUGUGCAGUCAGACCAGAGAGUUGCCUCAGAGAAUUGUAGAGAAUCAGAACACAGCCACUACUGUGAGCUACGGCCAUCGUCACCAAUUGACUGGGAGAGGCAGCAGUUGGAACUUGCCCUCAAGCAAAGUCAGCCGCUGGCAAAGAGCUAUGUGGAAAGGUUGAAAGUUGAGGAAAAUCCUAACAUAUCCAGCUGGCAGUCUGAGACGAACUUCGGGUUCCUUGAGACGGAGACAUAUCUCAGUCCAAUGCCCAGCUGCGCAGAAGAAGAAGAGGGGCUGCACUGCCAUUCGUUCACAGCCCCGGUCAUUGAACAGGUGUCUUCCUUUAAGCCAAACGGGUAUCAGUCACUGCUCAUUCCUUUGGAGAACAAGCCACUUGAGAUGACUGUUCUAAAGAAAGUCAAGGAACUGUUGGCUGAGGAGGAUGCAAAAACUAUUGCCAAACACAUCACAAAAGUAGACUGCACGGUGAGAAAAUCCAGUUUGCUAGGAUACUGGCUGUUUUCUAAGGAACUGCAGAAGCAGAUGGGAGUGAGCUCAGGGCUGGAGUUACUCACUCUUCCCCAUGGGCACCAGCUUCGACUCGACUUACUGGAACGAUUUAAUACUAUGUCGAUCAUGAUGGCAGUGGACAUUCUGGGCUGCACUGGCAGCACAGAGGAGCGAGCCGCCCUCCUUCAUAAAACUAUACAGUUGGCUGCCGAACUGAAGAGCAAUAUGGGAAAUAUGUUUGGGUUUGCUGCUGUGAUGAAAGCUUUGGAAAUGCCUCAGAUUUCAAGGCUCGAGCAGACAUGGAUAACUCUUCGGCAACGGCACACAGAGGGAGCCAUUCUCUAUGAGAAGAAGCUGAAACCCUUCAUGAGAAACAUGAAUGAAGGAAAAGAAGUAUCGCCACUGACCAACACAACCUUUCCUCACGUGGUUCCUCUCAUCACUUUGCUUGAACGUAACUUGGCAACUACUGACAACAUUGAGCCAUGGGAGAUCAAUGACAGUGGCGUGGAGGUGGUUAUGUCACAUCUGGAGGCUGCAAGAACAAUUGCACAUCAUGGGGGACUAUAUAAAACCAAUGCUGAACUGAAACUACAAGGUUUUCAGGAAAAUGAACAAGUCCUUGAAGUCUUCAAGACAGAGUUCCAAAUGCGGUUGCUGUGGGGGAACCGAGGAGCAGGGGGCAGCCAAGUCGAGCGAUAUGAAAAGUUUGACAAGGUCCUAUGUGCGCUAUCAAAUAAGCUGGAGCCUCUAGUUCGUCACAGUGAAUUGUAGCUUGGAGGGAAUAUCAUUAAUUUACAAGCUUGGUCAAAGGGAUCACUAAAAAGGAAUUUCCUAGUAUUGUGUUAUUUUUUCUUCUAAUUUAAUAUUUUUUAGAAAUCCCAUCUGUUUAAUUGACAAAGCACUAUCCUAAGAGUCAUUGGUAAUUCACAAGUGGGUGUGUGCACAGAAUCAUAAAGAAACAGGAAGAAAUGGGCAUGGAGGGAUGGAUUUCAAAUGGCAACUAUUUUCGAUCAAAGAAACCAUAAUGAUCUCUGACUUAAAGAGAGGUUUAAUAAAACUCUUAGCCAUUUAUUGCCAAGCUGUACAGAUGAGAGUAGUCCACAGUAAAAUAUUUGCGAAAAAUAAUCUCAUCUCAUCCAGAUGAGUAUUGAGGUGCUACAGAGGGCAUCAGGGAAUUUAUUUUAGACUGGAGAAGUGGGGAGAAAAAUCGGCUGUGGUUGUUAUCCAGUGAGUCAUGCUGGAAAACGGACCUGCAGUUAAGAUUGGAUUAAGCCAAGAUGCUACUAGUUUAUUGAGGCUGCCGCUCAAACUUGUAUUGAACAACAGUAAUGUGGAUAAGGUUCUGAAGUCUGAAAGUACAUUCCAGCAGAUACCAGCACCUUUUAGAAGAGGAACUAAACAAAUAGUGGAAAAUUUAUAAAUCUUUCAAAAGAUGACCAAACCUGAGAGGAUUUGCACUUUUUCAAAAAAAACUAACCAAAAAUAUUGCAACAACAUGCAUUUAUCUAGCACCUUUAAUGGAAAAAUGAUAGCUGUAAAAGUGAUGACAUUCCACUGCAGAAAUCAGACUUAUCUGAAUCCUGCAUCUUUGAGGUUGAAAGAAAUGUCUCAAAAAUCAACAAAACCAUAAAGAAAGAGGUGGGAAAACACUCCUACAGAGCUGAAUUAAAGACAAAACUAGUGUUGUUUGGUUUGUUACCCAUAAAAUGACAAGUCUGACUGUCUCACUGUGAAAUUAGUGUACAGUAAAAUUUUAUUCUCCUGCUCUAAGAUAAUUUGGGAGUAAAAUAGCACAUUAGCACUCAGUACCCAAUGUGAAUACAUCACCUUUGCUGUAUUGGUGGGAAGGGAAAUCCCAGACUGAUCAACAUGUUAAAUGGUUGGAUAAACUCAGAGUGGCAUCAAAAACAUCCUGUACAUGUACCAAUCCAGCUAUGGUGAAGAGUGUGCGAGGACAUCUCAUCUAAUGGUAGAAAGUAGCAUUUGCACAGGGAAGGCAAGGCUGAACAACAGAGGAUAGAGAUCCACGCAGCUUCUGCCCAUUACCUGAGAAACUAGUUAGGAAGCAAAUGUUUGGUUUCCAAUCAUUAUUGAGUGACCUUCCCCACAUAUGAAAUAUUGGAUGUAGCUGCCAUGCCAUCUACACUUUCCAAUCCUUUAUAACUGGACUCAUUUGUGUUAAACUACUUUGAAGAAAGUGAAGCCCAAGGAAAUACACACAAGCAUCUACGGGAGACAAAGCAGAAGAAAGGUGGCCAGGGAGGGAGGGGGUGGGGAAGGGUUUUUACAAAAACUGGGUAAUUGUACUCAAAGUAGCUUUAUAUUGGAAAACUAACCUUUCCCUCAGUCCUGUAGAUCUCCUGCACAUCAAACUGUCUCGCACUGAAGAAGUGGAAAAAUGCGACAGUCUGGAAUAGACUCACUCUUUUGUAGCUGACUUUCUGUAUUAAAAGAAUACAGAACUUAAGUUCAAAAUACAUCGUUACACAUGUACUUGAAAGUAUUGACCACGUUAGUAAAUACAAAUACAGAAAGACACAUAAGUGGUAUAUCUUAUUGCUAAAGCCGAUGAACUGCGUGUUGAACCUGAAUACUGGCCUUCACCACAGUGCUAAUGUUUACUGUUAUUCCCAGAAUGUUACUUUGGAGUGGACUUUUCAAGGGGGCAGCAUAAUUCUGUUUCAGACUGAUGACAGAAGCUGCCAAAACUACACUUUGCAAUUCACAUACAACAAAAUAAAAUAUAGCAUUCUAUCUAGCACACACCAUGUUAAGUGGUAUAACACGAGACUACAGAUGCACAGGUCUAAACAUUUAACUGAAUUACACCGGUAAUUAAUACAUUUUCAAUAUCAAUCCUGUAUCCCAGGAAAAGAGCGUACCUCAUAUGAGAGCUGGGUCCUGAUAUGGUCUUCAAGUCACUUAAUUCCACUUAUGUUCAACCACAAAACCCUUCAGUGUUCUGCUUUGCAACUAGGGCACAGUGUAAAUAAACACAGAUGUAUAUAAUUCUAUGUUCUUGCAUAAAAAUGCCCUCUUUGUUAUAGAAUAUAAUCCUGGUUGUUUAUGAAUGUAUUCAUUUGUAUUAAGAUAUGUAUGAUGGAAAAUAAGUGUUUGUGUGUCAUUUCAGACUUCAUUGGUGCAAUUAAAAUGAUUUUUUUUAAAUGUGCAAGUUAAUUAAAAGUUGAAAAAAUGCUAAUAAACUGAAAAAAUG